UUUAGUUUUGUUAAAGAUUUGUAAAAAGUUAUUGCUAUGCAAAUAAAUGAGGCAAGCUAUAUAAUAUAAAUAUAAUUAAUACUUCAUUAAAGUGUGAAAAGUACCGAAAAUGCAUAAUCAAAAUAAAACUAAUAAAAGAAGAUAAGUUCGUUUGAAAGUGUGAAUGAUGUCAAACUAGGUACUGCAAUUGUAAUUACUGUUAACACAUUGCUUCGUAAUACUUAACAAUAGUAGCCAAAAUAGUCAAUUGGAGCAUUACUAGCUUCUUCUUUUCCACAUUAUUUGGGGCAAUCUAUAACCGGUGAAGACUAUCAGAGAGUGAUACCGUAUUUAGUAACCGUCAUACUUCAAACCUCAUAAUGGUUGAUCCAUUUCUUGCGACGAAUUACAAUGUUUUAGAGGUAAUCUUCUCUUAUUUGGAUUUACGUGAUUUGAAAAAUUGCGCAUUGGUUUGCUGGAAUUGGUACCAUUUUCUGAAUGAUGAAAGUUCAGAAGUAUGGCGAAUGCAUUGUUUGCGAAAGUUACCACAAGAGGCUCUAAAAUCAGAUUUGUUGUCUUCAGUUACUACCUAUAAAAAAAGAUUACGCGCUUAUUAUCAUGCCUGGAACCCAAAUGAUUGCUCACGUAAUGUUUAUAUAAAACCAAAUGGGUUUACUUUGCAUCGCAAUCCCGUUGCACAAAGCACAGACGCCGCACGUGGAAAAAUAGGGUUUCGGCAAGGACGGCACUCAUGGGAGGUCAUAUGGGAAGGACCACUUGGCACGGUUGCCGUAAUUGGUAUAUCCACAAAAGAAGCAGUUUUACAAUGUCACGGUUAUGUGGCCUUAUUGGGUUCAGACGAUCAGAGUUGGGGAUGGAAUUUGGUGGAGAAUAUGUUGCUUCACAAUGGUGAUGCGCAAGGAAAUUAUCCCUUGUUAAAUAAUCCACCAAAGUAUCAGGUCGGCGAACGGAUACGCGUCAUACUUGAUUGUGAUGAUAACACAUUAUCUUUCGAAAAAAACAGUGAAUUUUUAGGUGUAGCGUUUAAAGGUUUGCCAGACAAAAAGCUGUAUCCAACGGUGUCCGCGGUAUAUGGGAACACUGAGGUCUCAAUGGUGUAUUUAGGACCACCGUUAGAUGGUUGAAAUUUUUAUUUGCAUUUUUUUUCUACAAACAGUAUGGUAAAAAAAACAAUUAGACAUAUAUAAACUAUAUGUAAAAGAAAUACGUUUUCACACAAGAAGGGGCAAUGAUUUUAAAAGCAUAA